UAUUUAAAGGUGUAACCUACCCCUAUUCAUCUUCUUUUAUCCUGCUCUAUUUUUUACAUAUCAUGUAUUACUUUAUAGCUGACUACAUGAUCUAUUUACUUACAGAAUCUACAUUUUUAAGACCAUUGCGACGCCGGAAGUAAAAGCUUAAGCAAGGGGUCAGAGAAAGAAGCUAUUUCCGGUUCCGUACAUACGCUUAGAAGCAAACACCAUGGCGAAAGGCGGGGAAAACGGUGGCGGCGGGAAGAAAGGCCUGAAACGAAAAGCUACUUCCGAAGACCCUGAAGAGACUGUAGUCUCUGGGGAUGGGACGGCGGAAGGCGGGGCCCAGUCCCCGAAGGCGGCUGCCUUUCCCCCGGGCUUUAGUAUUUCGGAGAUUAAGAACAAGCAGCGGCGACACUUAAUGUUCACGCGGUGGAAGCAGCAGCAGAGGAAGGAAAAGUUGGCAGCUAAGAAAAAACUUAAGAAGGAGAGAGAGGCUCUUGGUGUUAAGGCUCCACCAAAGCCUGUACCCAAGACCAUUGACAACCAGCGAGUGUAUGAUGAAACCAUAGUAGACCCUCAUGAUGAAGAGGUUGCUUAUGAUGAAGCUACAGAUGAAUUUGCUCCUUACUUCAACAGACAGACUUCUCCCAAGAUUCUCAUUACAACAUCAGACAGACCUCAUGGGAGAACAGUACGACUCUGUGAACAGCUUUCCACGGUUAUACCAAACUCACAUGUUUAUUACAGAAGAGGACUGGCUCUGAAAAAAAUUAUUCCUCAGUGCAUCGCAAGAGAUUUCACAGAUCUUAUUGUUAUUAAUGAAGAUCGUAAAACACCAAAUGGUCUUAUUUUGAGUCACUUGCCACAUGGUCCGACUGCUCAUUUUAAAAUGAGCAGCGUUCGUCUGCGUAAAGAAAUUAAGAGAAGAGGCAAGGACCCCACAGAACACAUCCCUGAAAUAAUUCUGAAUAAUUUUACAACACGUCUGGGUCAUUCUGUAGGCCGUAUGUUUGCAUCUCUCUUUCCCCAUGACCCUCAGUUUAUUGGAAGGCAGGUUGCCACAUUCCACAAUCAGCGGGAUUAUAUCUUCUUCAGAUUUCACAGAUACAUAUUCAAAAGUGAAAAGAAAGUGGGAAUUCAGGAGCUUGGACCACGUUUUACCUUAAAAUUAAGAUCUCUUCAGAAAGGAACCUUUGAUUCUAAAUAUGGAGAAUAUGAAUGGGUCCAUAAGCCCCGGGAAAUGGAUACAAGUAGAAGAAAAUUCCAUUUAUAAAGUACUGAGGGAGUAUUACUGGAUUUUGCUUAACAGGGCUGUCUUGAACUUGGUAAAUUAUUUCUGACAGAAGAUACUUUUUAAAAUGGCAUUUAUUGAUUUCAUAAACUUUCAUGUGUGGAAAAAUUACAAAGUGCCAUGAAUUGCCAGUUUAUGUAGUAAAUAUGAAUAAGUCAUUUUGGUG